AUGAGGUCAUUCAGGCUGAAAAGACGAAGGAACGUGAGCUGGGUGCCGUCUGCAAGUACCGUAUCCGCAAGAAGAAUCCCUUUCCGGCUACUAUUUGGGACGGUGAAGAGACGAAUUACUGCUUUAAGUCAAAAUCGCGUAACGUCCUGCGAGAUGCGUAUAAAAAACAGGCUUAUCCAUCCGUGGAAGACAAGAAACGAUUGGCAGCUCAGACGGAACUCACCGUCACACAGGUCUCAAAUUGGUUCAAGAACAAACGACAACGUGAACGAGCCGCUGGCACGUUGGAAAAAAACUCAGCAAAAUCGGAAAGCGACGACGCGUCAAGCGGAUGUGAUUCGAAACCAAAUCUGA